CACACUGCCAGGAAUCGCUUUUCCCGCCCAGCGGCCGCCGGCGUGGGGAGCGGAUCACAGCGCAGCCGGGCCCUGCCUGCGCCUCCCAGAGGUGUGACGGGAGGCGGCGCUUGCCCAGACAUGGACUCGCAGCUCUAGGUGGGCGGCGGCCUGUAAGCAGCGUCCCGGGCCGCGAGAGGCUUGACGCCGAGCGCUGGGCGGGGAGGAGAGGGGCCGAGCUAAUAUGGCCACCCCCGCCAAGGGGAAGAGCCUGAGGCCGCUGUACCCGGACACGCUGCGGCCACCAAAAAUCAACCUUAAUAUGGAAGAUGAGGUACAGUUUGUGACAAUGAGAAAAACCCUGAAAGUCACAAAGCCUCGUUUUGAUGCAUCCCUGGUUUACCUGACCCGAAAAUUCAUGGAUCUUGUCAAAACUGCUCCAGAUGGUGUUCUUGAUUUGAAUGAAGUAGCAACAACUCUGGGGGUACGAAAACGAAGAGUAUAUGACAUCACCAAUGUGUUGGAUGGAAUCCACCUAAUUCAGAAAAGAUCUAAGAACCUUAUCCAGUGGGUAGGAUCUGAUCUCGAUCAGAUUGCUGGAAAGGCAUCAGAGCAACAAAAGCUUAGAGAUGAACUUUCUGAUUUAUCAGCAAUGGAAGAAGCUCUGGAUGAAUUAAUUAAAGACUGUGCUCACCAGUUGUUUGAAUUAACAGAUGAUACUGAAAACACAAAAUAUCCUUUUAACUGCUGCACCAGUUACUUUGGCUACUGGCACCAAGCAGUUAGUGAUGGAAAUUUAGAAUGUUAACAGAUUUCCUUAUGGAAUCCUUGACUUAUGUGUACACUAGCUUAUGUGACGUAUCAAGAUAUUCAUAGCAUUAAGGCCUUUCAAGAACAGAUUGUUAUGGCAAUCAAAGCUCCAGAAGAAACAAAACUAGAAAUACCAGCUCCUAAAGAAGAUUGUAUAGAAGUACGUAUAAAGAGCACAAAGGGACCCAUUGAUGUAUAUUUAUGUGAAGUGGAGCAAGAUAACCCGGGUGCCAAAACUUUUGAAGAUAUGGAUACUCUGACAUCAGAAACUAAAUCAUCAGUACCUCUUGAUGAAGAGUGAGAUCCCCUAAAUCAACUCGAAGGGUGAAGAACCAUUAGAACGCCAAGUCCUGAGCAGAUUAUCAUGAAUAUCUGCGCUGCAGAAUUCCCUAAGAGAGCCACUUGGAACUAUGAAUAUGCUGAACUUGUAAUACUCUCAAAUGUUUUUCAAACUUAAAAUGGGAAUAAUUCAGUUGUUGAGGCUUUCACACGAUUCUCUUCAAUUGCUUCAGUCUAAAAGAAGGCAAAUCAAGGAGCCGUUUUUAGUAGCUUUGUUUCUACACUUGUGCAUAAUCUGCAGUGUUUGGGGAAAAUGGCCUUGUUUUUACUGUUUUUGUUAAAUAAUUUGAAUGAUAAUAAAUAUGGACAAGAAAUUACUUCAAAAAAUGAAGAUUCUUUAAAGCUACAUCUGGAACAAAACAUGAUCCUGCAAGAAUAUAGGUAAUAAAGAAAUGCACUUUUAAUUCUGAAGCUGCACUGUCACUAAACAGGAUUGUUAAAUAUAACAUUAGAAUCAAGAACUGGAAUACUGGAAGACUUUUCUUACCCAUAAGGAGUAUUAGACAAGUAAACAUGAAAAAGUGAAGCUAUGCCUUGCACUGUGUGGAUGCUGUUUGCAUCUAACUCAGUAUGUAACUCUAGUGUGAACAAUGAAGUUAAAGGCAUGGCUUUUGUGUAUAUAUCUAUAUCUUGUUUAGAUAGUCACUGAUGGAGAUUGACAGAAUGAAUUGCACUUCUGCCUUUGUACAGCAAAAACUGAAAUAAACUUGUAAAUAUAAAAAGUGGUCAGUCUAACAGUGUUAGUUGAACUUCAUCUUGGCUUUCUCUUUAACAGUAAAAAUUCAUUAGGUGACAUUUAUGAACAGUAUGAAAUUGUUGUGUAAAAACGACUCGUAAAUGGACAAGUAUAAUGUAUUGAAACUGAGUUUGUUGAUUAAUUGCAGUUAACUCACGUGAUUAACUCUCAAAUUAGUCAUGAAUUAAAAAAUCACGAUUAAUCAUUUUAAUUGCACUGUUAAACAAUAGAAUACCAGUUGAAAUUUAUUAAAGAUUUUGGAUAUUUUUCUAUAUUUUCAUAUAGUAUUCUGUGUUGUAAUUGAGAUCAAAGUAUAUUAUUUUUUAUUACAAAUAUUUGCACUGUAAAAAUGAUGAAAGAAAUAAUAUUUUUCAAUUCACCUCAUACGAGUACUAUAGUACAAUCUCUUUAUUGUGAAAAUGCAACUUACAAAUGUAGAUUUAUUUUUUUGUUCAUAACUGCACUCAAACAAAACAAUGUAAAACUUUAGAGGCUAUGAGUCCACUCUGUGCUACUUGUUCAGCCAAUCACUAAGACAAACAAGUUUGUUUACAUUUACAGGAGAUAACGCUGCCUGCUUCUUAUUUACAACGUCAUCAGAAAGUGAGAACCAGUGUUCUUGUGGCACUUCUGUACAUGCCAGAUAUGCUAAAUAUGCAUAUGCUCCUUCAUGCUUUAGCCACCAUUCCAGAAGACAUGCUUCCAUGCUGAUGACACUCGUUAAAAAAAUACUGCAUUAAUUAAACUUGUGACUGAACUCCUUGGGAGAGAAUUGUAUGUCCCCUGCUCUGUUUUUCCCACUUCUGCCAUAUAUUUCAUGUUAUAGCAGUCUUGGAUGAUGACUCAGCACACGUUUGUUUUAAGAACACUUUCAAUGCAGAUUUGACAAAACGCAAAGAAGGUACCAAUGUGAGAUUUCUAAAGAUAGUUACAGCACUCGAUCCCAGGUUUAAGAAUCUGAAGUGCCUUUCAAAAUCUGAGAGGGACGAGGUGUGGAGCAUGAUUUCAAAAGUUAAAAGAGCAACACUCCGAUUCGGAAACUACAGAACCCGAACCAGGAAAAAAAAAAAAUCAGCCUUCUGCUGGUGACAUCUGACUCAGACAAUGAAAAUGUACAUGCAUCAGUCUGCACUGUUUUGGAUUGUUAUUGAGCAGAAUCCAUCAUCAGCAUGGACGCAUGUCCUCUGCAAUGGUGGUUGAAGCACGAAGGGGCAUAUGAAUCUUUAGCGCAUCUGGCAAAUAUCUUGUGAUGCCGGCUACAACAGUGGCAUGAGAAGACCUGUUCUCACUUUCAGGUGAUACUGUAAACAAGAAGCGGGCAGCAUUAUCUCCUGCAAAUGUAAAUAAACCUGUUCGUUUGAGCGAUUAGCUAAACAAGAAGUAGGAUUGAGUGGACUUGCAUUUUACAUUGUUUUAUUUUUGAAUGCAGUUUUCUUUGUACAUGAUUCUACACUUGUAAGUUCAACUUUCAUGAUAAAGAGAUUGCACUACAGUACUUGCAUUAUGUGAACUGAAAAAUACUAGUUCUUGUUUUUCUACAGUGCAGAUACUUGUAAUCAAAAAUAAAGCGAGUACUGUACACUUUGUAUUUUGCGCUGCACUUGAAAUCAAUAUAUUUGAAAAUGUAGAAAACAUCAAAAUAUUUAAAUAAAUCGUAUUAUUAUUGCAAUUAAUCGUGUGAUUUUUUUAAUCGCUUGACAGCCUAAUUGAAACAUUUUAUUGUAUAGGCACACUAAUGACAUAGCAUCUAAUAUCAGAAGUUUAUAUAUUGAGGCAUCUUGACAGUGGUACAUACCCAGUGAUUGAUGUGUAAAUCUAUCAUUAAUGGUUGUUGCAUAUGUCUUGACCUUAACUGUAACAUACUGCUUCAAAAAGUAGAGCUGUCUUUUCAUAAUUUUACCAUGCAAAAAGUUGCCUAACUUGGAACUGUUCUUUCAGCUGUAGCUGCAGUUUCCCUUUUUUUUCCUAAAACGUUUAACAAGGUACAAAGUGUUUUACACUACUGUCCCUCUGGGACUAGUUUUCCAAAUGAGUUCAUCUGUGCUAUCAACAACAUAAGUGUGGGACUCCCUAUUGUUUUGAUAUAGGAUAGAUUGUGCUUGCAUAUCAAGAUUUUUCUUUAAAAUUAUGCACGGGCAAAUUAAACUUCCAUCUAUGAUAGACUUAGUGUAAUCAGUUUCUCAAUUCAAAGGAAGGUCAAAAAUAGAACUACCACUAUGUUCUAACUGCUGAAAUACUUUCCUAUAGUUAAGUUCAUUAAAGCCAAUGUAAACUGGAGACUUCAGAUAAUCAGAAAUUUUAAAUACUGAUGUUUUAUACAGCUAUUUUUUAAAACAAGUCAGCUUUCAUUUUGUUAACAAACAGCAGAGAGUAGCUAACUCUAAAUAGCUUCAAUCCGACUAAAUAAAGACCCCAAAUUAAUCCAGCUAUAUAUAGUUCACCUACUGGACAAAGUUAUUAAGCAGACCAGUACUUGUUUCAAGCAGCACUCAGAUGUGUUGUAUGUGAUCUAUCAACUUCCAGAUCUAGGGAGAUGGCUUAAUGAAUUCCAAAUGGGACAUCAGCAUUAUUGGUAUCUCAUUAUCUUUCCUACUCUGUCUUCCUUUAGAACAGUGAACUGUACCAUGGACUUCAAUAGAAGCAUUACUUAGGAUUCAUCUAAGGUUUAGAAAAAAAUUGAGGUAAGCUUGCUGGCUUGGUUAUAAUAUGGAUUGGGAAGAAGCUUGUAAAGGGUCCGGAGCAAGCAAGUACUAAAUGAGGCAAGAAAUCCUAAAGCAUCUGUGAGUAGAAAGAUCAUUAUGUGGGUUUGGAGGAAGAUAUGCAUUCUCAAGAAGUUGAUCAGUAGACCUUAGAUUAAAUUGUUUGAGAUGCAAGACCUCAGUGAUGACAACUGGCAAAACAUCCCUCCCUCUAGGUGGCAGACUUGUUUGCUUUUGGAUGGAAUAAGCAGUAAUUUAAUUAGCCUUUUCUAGGAUCAUUUCAACAGUUUGAACAAUAGACUGUUUACUGUGAAAUAAACACUUAAGAUUUUAUUAGCACAAGAGUGAGGUAACCUAUAUUUUGUGCAGUAGGAUAGGGUCUUGAACUGGAGCUGUGCAGUCCUGUAACGUGGAAUAAUGAGCUGUAGAAUAUAUUAAAGGGACACCAUCUUACACACUUGUCAAUAUCUUUACCUGUUACAAGGAACAUUGAAGAUCACUAUUAAAGGGGAAGUUUAGGAAGUUUUUCUUGUUAUGCAUUUAACAGCAUUUUGUAGAUAGUUUCCUUUUUUCACCUUUUAGUGGGCCUUUCAGACAGCAACAGAUAGAGAAAAACCUUUAAACAUAAGAAAAUGUGAUAAAACAACAAAAUUGUGAGGGAAGCCUCGGGCCAGAUGUAAAUAUGAAACUACGCUUAAUUUGUUUUUACAAUGGACUAGACUUGUCCCUGUAUACUGACUUUAAUGCAUAUUAAAUAUUUAAAAAUAAUGUGCACUCUAACCUCUAUUGGUGGUUACACGGUACCUUUUUGUUAGUUGAAUCUUUGUAACAUUAUCUAGUUAUGCUAAUGGAAGACCUUAACAUAUUGCAGAUAAUCAUAGAGGUAAGCUAGCUAGUUGAAUAAGCUUAGACUUGACAGUGCAGGAAUAGAUGUUCAAUUAUGUUCAUCUUGAGUAUUAGAAACUCUCAUAAAAAGUAAAUGUGUUGGGAUACCUUAAUAGAGGAAAUAAAACUUUACUCCUGUGAGUAUAUAUAAUACAAUGCAUCUAUUUGAUUUUUCGUGUGUAAAGUGGUUAUUGAAAUUACUUUAGUCUUUUUAUAUAAAAAUAAACCAUUUUGCAACA